GAUUGCACGACGCGAUUCUAAACUGCAUAUUACAAAAUGGCAACUCCUGAUAGGAGGCCGCGGAAUUUAAAAUCCACUUCUACACCGAGAAAGUAUCAUCCAUACUCAAAGCAAAUUCGUAAAGGUGUGAAUGAAACAUUUGACAGAAUUUACGCCUGUGUGUAUGGACAUUGUGCAGGAGAUGCAAUUGGGUUGCUGACCGAAACACUUUCAAAAUCUGAGGCCAGAAAGAGAUACAGGGAAGUAUAUAAAAGUCUAGAGCUAAUUCACAAGAAGAUUGUCCCCGACGUACACAGGCGGAAAUGGCUGAUAGGAGAGUGGACAGAUGAAUCGGACGUGAUGAUCCUCAUUCUCAGGACAAUCGUUUUAAACAAGGGGGAGGUGAAUACUUGGUACUUUGCCCGUUGUCUGAUGGAAUGGGCAGAGCGGGGAUUUCCGGAGCUGGACGACGUCUGUGGUAAUGGGCUCUGUCCACAAAUAAAGGCUGUGAUAUCUCACCCCCAGUUUUCUGAAGAACCAGAAAAGGCCUCAGAGAUACUGUGGCGAGAUUCUGGGAAACUGAGCGCUACCAACAGUGCCUUGUCAAGGACAGCCAUCUUGGGAACUCAUCAAUACCACACCAUAGGGACUGUGAUAAAGAACACACUGGACAUCUGUAAUAUAACUCACCCCGACCCGAGAUGCCGUGCCUCGUGUGUUGCACUGACGACGACAAUCGCCCUACUUCUCCAGAGGAACGACCGACAGGUGAAAAAGAGCGGGAGUUACGACAUCGAGGCAGUGGUAGACGAGUCGUUUACCUACGCAUCUAGACUCCUGGUAACUUACGAGGAGGUGAAAGAGCUAAAGAAAGCAAUGCAUCCCAGCAAUCUAAAGGAACUGAAGUUAGACGAACCAGGAAAGGCGAAUUACACGUACAAGACUCUGGGGGCAGGAUUCUGGGCUCUACGUCAGAAAAACUUCAGAGAGGCCAUACAAGAUAUUGUAUUAGAGGGAGGCGAUUCGGAUGCUAAUGCUGCGGUGGGCGGGGCCCUACUGGGCUGUAAGUUAGGACUGAGUGCUAUUCCCAGGUCAUGGAGGGAGAAUCUCGUCCACAAGGAAUGGCUGGACACUCUACUUGACAGAUAUUUCGACAUCCAUGAAGGGCGACAUGUGAAGAAAGAAACGACCCUGUGAUAGCUUGAUGUGAUAUGAUACAUUGAUAGUUCAUUUUACAAUAUAUCAAAUAUAUGGAGUGCAAUUUAUAAACCUUGAAAGCAUGCAUUUUUCUCCACCUGUUUUGUUCAUAUAUAUGUAAACCUUAUUAAUUUCAAGAUUAUUUUUUCACAUAUAGAACUUUGUAUUAUCAGCAUAUACCUGUAGAUUUGAAAUCUCAAAUUCAGAGUGUAAAGUGUUUAUGAUUAUGAGCUUAUUUUUUUAUGCAUUCCCAACAACUGUUUUACGUUUAUUGCGCUAUGGUUGUUAUUCUGUUGUUAUGUGGAUUAUUAUAUCUGUGAUAGGUAUGUGGUUACCUGUAAUUCAGUUACUCUGUACAAGGUUUUACGAAUAGGAUUAUGCUGAGUCCAUGGAAAUGUUAUUUUUGUCAUAUCAAAAACGUCAACUAUUAUUUCAGAAAUGGCGUGACAUUUUUUGUGUCAUAGAUUGGAAACUGUUUGUUUCUAAAUUCUGCACAACAUGGCUUGUUGAAUUUGUUUACAGGUACAGCGUGAAUUGCAGUGAGCACAAAUAAUUAAUAAUUGAAUGAUGAUGAAAUUUUAUUGUUAUUGGAUAAGGCCAAUUUAACUUAAUUAGUAGAUUAUCAUCCAGGGUCACAAAAAAAUAUGGGUCGGGUGGGAGGAUUUUAUUUUUUAAUUUUUAUUUCUCGAGAGAAAAAAAAUAAUGACAAAAGGCACCACACAAAGUGUUAAUCAAGUUAACAUUCAAAGAAUCCUUGGUAGAAGAUAUAAAACCAACAUUCUGUGACUUUAAUCAUUCACUCAUGUCGCUGGGAAGCAAAUUUGUUUGAAAUCGUAAUUUUUGCGAAAAUAAAAAAAACCCAGGGUUGGUCCUUUUUUGAGGGGCGGACGGGAAUGAUAAUCUAUCAAUUAAUUUUAACUGGCCUAAUGAUGGGCAUAGAAAAUCUGAAAUCUGUAUUGUUUUAAAGUUUUAUUAAGUGUUUUGAUUUGUAAUAGUUCUGCUUUUUAACGUUCAAACACUGAACCAUAGAAAGGUAUCGGGUGGCUCUUUUCAUGACUAUCUUCCUUAAAACUACCAAUGGGAAAACAAUAUCUGUAAUGUUAUCCUUGGCCUUGUAAUCGUCUAAGUAUUGAGCUUACUGGUUUAAUGUGUGAGGCUGGUUAUCUGUUUGAAUCCUGAAGGAGUUUGAAUUUUUUUUCAGGUGACUUUCUGCUAUAAUGAUAUCUUUUUCACUAAAUAAGGUUAACUUUAAAGUUUUCAAUUGCAAAGUAUAAUUAUACAUUUGUAUUUUGCAGUCUCCAUCCAUAAAAACUUUCUAUUGUGUAUUAUACGUCCUUUAAUAGAUUAAAGACGGAAAAUAUACCGCAGUGACAACAACAUUUUUCCAGAGCACUAUAGGUAAUCCUCGUCAUUUUUCAGCUGAUGAAGAGCAAAGCACGCGAUUGGAUUGUGUAAUCAUUGGAGUGACCUUGUUGUAGGGACUCGAGCUUCACUCGCUAUUAUUAUCCGGCAGUUUUGAUAUAGCGCAUUGUAUAAUUUUUAAAAAUUACUUUAAAGUGCGUGAUAAAAUGAUUGACAAUUAAUUUUUGGAAAACAAUCGAUGAUUAAAAAGAUAAAAUUGCCGUUUGUUAAUAUGUAUUGAAUUUGUACUGUAUACAUGUAUUAUAUAUACAGAUCGUUUACAUAAAUUGGCUAUUGGUAUUUUGCAGAACGGAACCAAUUGUGGGGUACCUUAAGGGGGAAUCGACUGUAGAAAGUAGAGGGUUUUAAAAUGAAAUACCGGACUUUUAAGACCAAUAGCCCAUAAAUUGAAGAAAAAAAUAUAAAAAGAAGAUUGAUUUAUAAAAUGUCCAUAUGAGCUUUCCAAAAAAAUUGAGAUUUAAGAUUUUAAUAAGGUCCAUUGGUAAGUCAUUCCAUAGGGUUGUGGCCGUGUCAAAAUGCCUAUGGCUGUAAGUUUUUGUACAAACAUGUGGCUUCACUAUUGUAUUAUAAGUGUCCUUUAAGUGCACAGUCUGGAUUGGCUGAGACACUUUGAUAGGUCCUUUAGAUAUAGCUAGACCACUGAGUACUUUAUAAGUAUACAAGAGAAUCUUUAUUAUCUUAGUCAUUAAAUAUUUUAUGAAAGGACCACUGAACUUUUAUUGUCAUUGUAAUAGGGUAUAAAUGUUUGUGUUUUGAACUGGUUUAGUUGUGUUGUCAAAUCGAACCAUCUAAUUUCUUGCCUCAUUUGUAAAAAAAGAAAAUUGAUUUAGACUAGUGGGUUGUGUGUGCAUUGCGAAUUAAUGCGUUUUUAUCUUGCUGUUAUAAAUAUACAUGGAAAGUAUUUUGUCAAUGAUAUUAUAUAUGCUGUGUUGUAAGUGAGCAAAACUCCUUAUUGAAUUGUUAAAUCGAAGUAAAAUAUUUGUUAUCAGGAAAGUAGUAAAGAGAUUCAUUCUUA